UUCAGUUUUAUAUUCUUCAGUUCUUUUCUCAGGUAAUAGUCGUUGAAGUAUUUCGACGGUUCAAGUACCAAUGAAUAAUUAAUUCCAUAAUUUAUUUGAGGUUUUUGAAGUGUCAUUAAUUGAAUAGACUAGCUUGUAUGAGAGAAUUUCCGGAAUUUCGAAUUAAUGAGAGCCGAAAUAACAGGAAAUGCUGAUGAUAAUUAUGAUGGCUAAUUGUAAUUAAUUCUAAGUACCAUUAGUACUUUCUGAGUCUCUGGACUGUGGCUGGUUUUCAGUAUCGAAAUAUUCGUGAAAGCAACUUGUGAGUCGAAUUUUAGAAAACAUUCAUCUCAAAAUGAGAAUAAAUUAUUGGAGAGGGUUUAUAUCGGAAAAUAUCAUGAGCCUGUGGAGAAAUCUCCAGAACACGAAGAACGAGGAGAUACACCCAGAAAAUGGUUUUGAUGUGGAAGUCAAAUAUCUCAGAGUACCCAUGAAAAUCCUCGGAGUGUGGCCCCCCGAUUAUCGCGGAAAACAGUGGAAAAUUGAGGCAAUAUUUGAAUAUUCAAAAACGUUAAUCCACAUGUUUAUACUUGCGAAAGUUUUUCUCUUCAAAUUUUAUCAGCGGGAAUUCGGGGAAAUGUACGAAUCGAUGGAGAACAAUUGGAGACAGGCGAAAUAUUUGAACAGCGAGAAGAAGAGAAUCAUGUCUGAUGAUCUCCAGCAAUCCCAAAAGUUAGUGAAAUAUUGGGCACUCCACUUCUCCGCCUUUUUAGUCCUCGUCCUAGUUCUACCUCUGCUGCGAAUCCUGAUUUUGCACGAGCCUCUAAAGCUUAAUAUCGAUGUCUGGGACUCUUUCCAUACAUCGCCAGGAUUUGAACUAGCAAUGGUACUUCAAACUGUAGUAGAGCUGUACAAUUGUCUGGCUUUGAUCUCCCUAGAAUGCUCUUUCCUAAUAACCACCAGCCACUGCAGUGCGCAAUUGAAAAUACUUUGUCACAGCAUCGAGCAAUACGACGGUCUCAUUACACACGAUAAUUGUGAAGAGCAAUUAAAUUGCGCGUGCAUUCGAUGCGUCGUCAGAAGACACGAGGAAAUAAUGAAAUUUUUUGGAUUACUGCGAAAGUGUUUCAACUCUGCGAUAUCUCUCAAUUUAAUACUCGCAGAAUCUUACUUGUGUGUUUUUAUAGCGAUGGGCUCCAAGCAAGCUGAGCAUCAGAGUGGUCUAUACCCCGCCAUUUGUUGGUCAUUUACAAUGAUCAUGAUUGUAGUGGGAUUUAUUUAUUGUCACAUCGGCGAGAAAAUAACCCAGGAGAGUCUAAACGUCAGCAAUGCUUUUUUCAACUGUCACUGGUACGAAUCUGAAGCAUCGAAGGCUAAAUACUAUGUCACACCCAUGAUCAUUUCCAGAAGCAUACCGAUGGAAAUAACCGUCGGGAUAUUUUACAAACUAUCUCAUGAGCUAUUUAAAAAUUGCAUAUUUUUGGCGUAUUCAGUAUUUUCACUUUUUCGAACGAUCAGCGAAAAGCAGAAUGCCAUUGUAAAAUAAUUUGAAUGUACGUACAUUUAAUUGUAAUUUCCAUUGCACUUGAUGCGUCUAACUUACACUGUCUUCUAAAUAUUAAAACGAUAAAACCACAAUACGUGGACUA